GCGCCGGGCCCGCCGGGAUGGACGGAGCGGGGCGGGAGCCGGAGGAGGGCGAGGAGCGGGAACCGGGUGCCAUCAGCGACAGGAACAUCCUGGACAGCUUCACCGAGAGCCGGGAGGUCGCGGAGCUCAUCGGGAACCUGAGGGAAGUGUUCGGGGAGCUGGUGACAAGGGAAAUGGCCGUGGAACGGUUCAUAGGCAUAAUGGACAAGUACCAGGAACAGCCUCACCUUUUGGAUCGCCACUUAGAGGGGAUGAUGAAUUCCUUGUUGGCAAUAAUACAGGACAGUGGAUCUCCUCCCCCACUAGUCCACUUGGCUUUUAAAUUCCUCUACAUCAUUACAAAGGUGAGAGGGUACAAACGUUUCCUGUCCCUGUUCCCUCAUGAAGUCCGGGACCUGCAGCCCGUUUUGGAUAUGCUUGCAAAGCAGAACCCAAGAGACCCUGAGACUUGGGAAACUCGCUACAUGCUGUUAUUGUGGCUGUCCAUGAUCUGCCUGAUCCCUUUUGAUCUGGCCCGUUUUGAUGGAAACCUUGUUUCUGUGGAAGGGCAGGCUCGACAGCCAACGAUGGAUCGCAUCCUGGAAAUAGCAAAGUGUUACCUGGUUGUCAGUGACAAGGCUCGGGAUGCAGCUGCUGUGCUGGUGUCCAAGUUUAUUGUCCGCCCUGAUGUCAAGCAAAGCAGGAUGGCAGAUUUCCUGGACUGGGUGCUCUCCAUGUUAACCAAAUCUUCCUCCCAGACCAUGGAGGGCACUGUCAUUCUCAACGGCAUGCUCCAGGCCCUGGCACAGCUGUUUAAACAUGGCAAGAGAGAAGACUGUUUACCAUACGCUGCUACUGUUCUUGAGUGUCUUGAUAACUGCAAGCUGUCAGAAAGCAAUCAGAUGGUUCUGCGCAAGCUGGGCAUGAAACUGGUCCAGCGACUUGGACUGACUUUUGUGAAACCAAAGGUAGCAAAGUGGAGGUACCAGCGUGGCCGUCGGUCUCUGGCUGCCAACCUGCAGGCUCAGGGGGCAGCUGUGCAGAACCAAAAGAGAGAAGUUGCUGCUGCUGAAGCUGAUGAUGAUGAUGAGGAAUAUGACAUUCCAGGAGAGAUUGAAAACGUUGUAGAACAAUUGUUGGUUGGCCUGAAAGACAAAGACACCAUCGUCAGGUGGUCUGCAGCCAAAGGAAUUGGGAGAAUAACUGGAAGACUUCCAAAAGAAUUAGCAGAUGAUGUGAUUGGGUCUCUGUUGGACUGUUUUAGUUUCCAGGAAACAGACAACGCGUGGCACGGUGGGUGCCUGGCCCUGGCUGAGCUGGGCAGGAGAGGAUUGCUGCUCCCUUCCCGAAUUUCAGAUGUGGUUCCUGUGAUGCUGAAGGCGCUGACGUACGAUGAGAAGAGGGGGGCGUGCAGCGUGGGCUCCAACGUCAGGGACGCGGCGUGUUAUGUGUGCUGGGCCUUUGCUCGUGCCUAUGAACCUGCUGAGCUCAUCCCCUUCAUCAACCACAUCUCAAGUGCACUGGUUAUUGCUGCAGUAUUUGAUCGUGAUGUUAAUUGCAGAAGAGCUGCUUCUGCUGCCUUCCAGGAGAAUGUUGGGAGACAGGGCACUUUUCCCCAUGGCAUCGACAUUCUCACUGCAGCUGAUUAUUUUGCUGUUGGGAACAGAGUUAACUGUUACUUGACUAUAAGUGUGUAUAUUGCUGGCUUUCCUGAGUAUACACAGCCAAUGAUUGAUCAUUUAGUUAACAUGAAGAUUAACCAUUGGGAUAGUGUUAUUCGAGAACUUUCAACCAAAGCUCUGCAUAACAUCACUCCCCAGGCCCCCGAGUACAUGGCGAAUGUGGUUUUGCCAAGACUUCUGCCUUUAUCAGUGGGCUCAGAUCUGCACACACGCCAUGGGGCAAUCCUUGCCUGUGCUGAGAUCACCCAUGCUCUGUGUAAACUGGCACAAGAGAAUAAUAGAUCUGUAACAUACUAUUUCAGUGAAAAAACAUUGGAGGGACUCAAGCAAAUUCACCAAGAGCUUUGCAGUCGUCAGUUGUACAGGGGUUUAGGAGGAGAACUGAUGAGACCGGCUGUCUGCACUUUAAUUGAAAAGUUGUCGCUAUCAAAAAUGCCUUUUAGAGGAGAUCCAAUCAUCGGAGGUUGGCAGUGGUUAAUAAAUGACAGUCUAAGACAUCUCACUCUUGUUUCCACUGCUGCACGACAGCGUAUAAAGGAGUCUGCAGUGUCUGCUCUGGCCGCGCUGUGCAAUGAAUUUUACAUCAGCGAGAGGGGAGAAGCUGAUCCAGCUCUGCAGGAUGAGCUGGUGACACAGUACGUUUCAGAACUACAAAAUGCAGAGGAAAUGAUUCGUUGUGGCUUUUCACGAGCUCUUGGGGCCCUUCCAAGAUUUCUGCUGAAGGGCAGGCUCCAACAGGUUUUGGAAGGUUUAAAAAAAGUUACAGUAAUUUCCCCUGGAGACGUGAGCUUUGCUGAAUCCAGGAGAGAUGCCUUAAUAGCAAUUGCAAAGGUUUGCCAGACAAUGGGUGUGAAGGGAGAUGGAUCCCAGCAGGAAUAUGUCUGCAGGGAUAACGUUGAUCAGAUUUAUGCCACGCUGCUCACCGGUGUGACCGACUACACCACCGACAGCCGGGGUGAUGUUGGAGGAUGGGUGCGUGAAGCUGCCAUGACCAGCUUGAUGGAGGUGACGCUGCUGCUGGUGCAGAACGAGGCAGAGCUAAUUAAUGCCAACAUCUGCAAGCAGAUUAUGUGCUGGCUGGCUCAACAGUCAGCUGAAAAAAUAGAUAAAUUCCGAGCUCAUGCAGGAUCUGUGUUCCUUACCCUUUUGCACUUUGACCAGCCUCCAGUUCCACACAUCCCUCAUCGAGAAGAGCUAGAGAGGAUAUUUCCAAGGUCGGAGAAGGAGACGCUGAACUGGAACGCGGCGUCGGAAGCUUUCCCUCGGAUCACGCAGCUGCUGGGGAUGCCAGCCUACCAGUACUACGUGCUGCUGGGGCUCUCUGUGUCUGUGGGGGGCCUGACAGAGACCACGCUCAGAUACUCUGCUCAGAGCCUGUUUGACUACAUGAAGAAAAUCCAGAGUGACCCCAGUGCUUUGGAGAGUUUUUGUGAGACACUGCUCAAGGUCUUUGAGGACAACCUGCGGAAUGACCGGGUGUCUGUACCUCUGCUGACAAUGCUGGACCAGAUGCUGGCCAAUGGCUGUUUUGAUAUGUUCACUGAGCAGGAGAACCAUCCCUUCCCAGUGAAGCUGUUCACCCUCUGUAAAGAAGAGAUCAAAAGGUCCAAAGACAUCCGGAAGCUUCGCUCCAGCAUAGGAGUAUUCUGUGGCCUGAUUCAGUUUCAAGGAGACAUGAGAGAGAAAGUUUUCUUCCAGUUGUUCCUCCUCCUUUGCCAUCCCUUUCCUAUCGUAUUAGUGUAGAGCACAGGCUUUAUUUCCCAAGGAUCUGCCCCUGACACUGCUGGCUGCCUGCCACGUACCUGCUGUGCCACAUGUGCUGCCCUUCCACCUCCUGCCCUUACUGGUUAAACUGGGAGCAAUGCAGGUGCCUCAGCCAUUUGUUUCUGGGAAGACCUGUGCACUAUUUAGUGCUGAAAGCUCCAACCAGAUAAGUUACUCUCAGUUCUGUGCCAUUUCUGAGAGUAGCAACACUGAAGAAGGGCUGUUCAAGGAAAAUAAACUUUUUUUAUCAGGUGUGAUAAAAGCUGGUGCAGUGCAGAAAGGUUUAGCAGAAUUUUUACCUUUUCCCUAUAACUUAACAGGACACAAAAAUCUGAGUAUGUACAAGAGAUCAUGUUUGUGAUGACACUAUUUUAGUCCUUUAAAAUCUGUGUGGACUUAAGAAGGCUUGGGGUUUUUUUCAGUGCACAAACCUGGGAGCCCCUGACCCUGCAAAGUUUGGUACUUGAGGUUUCUGUUCCAUUUCCAUGUUGUGUGUUUUUGCUCCAUGAGGAAUCCUUUGCAGGAGGGACACAAUGUAAGAGAUGAAGAGAAAUAAUUUCA